CACCUGGCCGCACGCCUAAUCCCUUCCUAUUUAUAGACCCCACCACUCAGAGGCGCAGAGGAGAGAGCGCAGGAGCAGCACCCGGACGCCGCCGCCCUGCCGAAUCGAGGGAUGGAGAGUGACGCCGCCGCCUUCUACCCAGCGCCACAGCCCGAGCCGACCGCCCCCGCGGCGGCGCCGGCGACGGCGCGUGCUGGAGGUGCGAGGACGGCCGCGGUGGUGGGCAGGAACGCGCGCGGCGUCGGCGUCGGCGGCGGGGGAGGAGGAGGGAGGCAGUACCGCGGCGUGCGGAUGCGGAAGUGGGGCAAGUGGGUGGCAGAGAUCCGCGAGCCGAACAAGCGGUCGCGGAUCUGGCUCGGGUCCUACUCCACCGCCGUCGCCGCCGCGCGGGCCUACGACACGGCGGUGUUCUACCUCCGCGGCCGCUCCGCGCGGCUCAACUUCCCCGACCAGCUCGACGGCGCGGAGGUGGCCGAGCAGCCCGAGGGCCGGAAAGAGGGCGGCGGGCUCACAGCCGCCGCCAUCCGCAAGAAGGCGGCCGAGGUCGGCGCCCGCGUCGACGCGCUCCACUCCGGCGUCGGCGGCGCCCCUCCUCCUCCUCCGCCGCCACUGUCCCAGCGCCGCCGCGCCAAGAACCCCGACCUCAACCGGGAGCCCACCCCGGACACCUCCGACGACGAGUAAAGCGCGCUGAUUUUGUCUUCUUCCUCCAUCUACUAGUCCCAGUCCUUAGGCAACUACUCAUGCGAGGAUUAGCUAGCUAGCUAGCCAGCCAGUAGUAGCAGUAAGCAAGCAACCAGAUAGUGCCAGGCCAAACGGACGGGCGUGGACGGACGCAAGGUGCUCGGUGGAAUGCGGAUGAGCUCGGAGGUAGCAAAUAAUGGAUCCGCGACGUCGCCAUCGGGACGGGAAGCCGUAGUAAGUAGGAGCUAGGGUCGUCUGAGCUGUUUGGCCGGAGGCGACGGCGACGGCGACUACUCUAGUAGAGUAGUAGUAGGAGAUACAGACGGGUGCGUGCGUCAGUGUGUGCGGGCAUGUAGCUAAGCAAGACGGCUAUGUACCUCCCCGUCACUUGAAAAUGUUUGUAAAGAAAGAUGCCGGCCAAGCAAAAGAUCAACAAGAGCUUCAUGGAUCUUUUGCUUCUUUUGUGGUUUGAUGCUUCAAAUAGAAUCUGGAAAAUGGCAGGCGUUACGAUCA